AUUCUUCAUACAGGUGGCGGUUAAAUCAUAACAUGGCAGCGUCCACGAACAUGAGUUCUUUCCCAGAAUGUCAAGUUAAGUUUUAUACCAAGCAAGUAAAAUAUUCUUUACCUGAUAGUAUAUUUUCAGUUCCUGGAAAUGCUACUUCAUCAGAACUCAGUGAUUUGAUUAAUGCACUUUUGAAAGACUGGAGCGAAGAAGAAUGGAAAACAGUAGAAUUUGACUUCAUUGUUGGAGGGCAACUGCUGAGAUUGUCUCUUCAGGAACUUUUGGAUAAAAAGGAAAUUUCUAAUGAAACCGUUAUAGAAAUAGAAUAUUUUGAACGUUAUCCAACACCAACACCUCAAGAUAGUCUUGUUCAUGAUGACUGGGUUAGUGGGGUACAAGCCUGUAAAGACUGGAUUUUAACUGGAUGCUAUGACAACACAAUUCAGUUAUGGACCAUCGAGGGAAAACAUUUGUUAACCAUACCCGGACACAUUGCUCCUGUAAGAGCUGUGGCCUGGAUAGAAGUGGGUGAUCCGAUAAGUACCUUUGUUAGUACAUCACAUGAUGAAACAGCUGUCAUCUGGCAGUGGAAUCAACAAACAAAUGCCAUAGAAUGUGUCAAUGUGUGUCGAGGUCAUGCACGAAGUGUCGAUUGUGUGGGGGUGGACCCAUCACAAGGAAGAUUCGCUACAGGUUCUUAUGACCACAUGUUGAAGGUUUGGUGUGUAGGAGACCAAGAAGAUGGUGCCCUUGAGGCCAAUGAAGGAGAAGGGAGUCGGAAACGAUUGAAAAAUGACGCUGGAAAGAACAAAAAUAGAACUCCUAUCAUGACAUUAGCGGGUCACAAUGAAGCAAUUACUGGAUUAGAAUGGACAAGCCUAGAGGAAGUGUGUACAGCAUCCAUGGACAACACUAUACGGCUAUGGGACAUUGAGUUGGGUGGCAUGAAGUCUCAGUUAACAGGUUCAAAGGCAUUUCUAGACAUAUCUUUCUCCAGAUUAAACAGAAGUCUAUUAUCCGCUUCUACGGAUAGGCAUAUUAGGUUGUGGGACCCACGUUCAAAAGAAGGCACUGUAGUCAAAUGUGUCUUUAGCUCCCAUGUUGGUUGGGUGACUGCAGUUGAUUGGUCACCAGUCAACCAAUACCAUUUUAUCUCGGGAUCACAUGAUACACUUUUGAAAUUGUGGGAUAUAAGAAGUCCAAAAGCUCCUCUAUAUGACAUGACGGGACACGAAGACAAAAUCAUGUGUGUUGAUUGGUCAGUUCCUAGUCUCAUGAUCAGUGGAGGUGCAGAUAGUCAUAUAAAAAUAUUCAAAAGUGAAGUGGUGACAGAAGAUGAACCUAUGGAAUAACUUCAAAGUACGAUAUCCAGCUUCUAUAAAUAUUUAUUAGAACAUAAACCACUGUUUCUGAUGUACAGGGUUCAAAAAUAAAUAAAUAAAUGUAAAAAUAUUGAGAUAAAAUUAUAUUGGAGCUGUUUUUUUUUG